UUUCUCAAUAAUAAAGGCGUCGUGUUUAAGUGUAUUCUCUGCAAAAAUCUCUUUUUUUUAUUACGGUAUUCGAAACAAUCCAUUUAAUGAUUGUGUUUGACAUAGAUACGUUAAGUUUGAGUGCGAAGAAUUUUGCUUAACAGAGAGUUGUUUACAAUAAUCAACAGGCUUUGUGUUUUCUUUGGACAAUCACCUGAUAAUGUUUCUGAAGAAAAACCAGUAGAAUACUAUAUGAGAUACAAGAUGCCUGACCAAUUUGGCAACAUCUUGCAGACUGACAGCAAAUACUUGGGAAACUUCAUCAGGGGACUUCCAAUUAUGAAACCUUUCAAGAUCCACUAUCAUGAUCCUUGGAAACAAAAUGAAGAGGAUGGUCUCAAAGUGGGGGUGUUUAUGAUUGUUCCCCGUGAAAACAUUAUUGAUGAGAGGGAAGUCAUGGACCUGACUAUCAGCAUAGAAGGAACAUGCAAGAUAUCCGACGAAGCACAGAAUUCCAUAAUUAAAAAUGAGCUGGAAACUCCAAAUAUCGAAUCAAAAAAUCAGAAAGAUGUUGCGGAAGUGAAAAUUGAACCUACUUCUGAUUGUGAAGAUGAUGACACGCACAACUCUGUCUACCAUGAUAACACAUUAAAAAUGCAUUCUGGUGUCAACAAAGAACGAUGUUAUAACACUGAUUUAAGUAUAAGUACAGAUUUGACAAAAACGUCAACAACGUCUGAAAUAAAAAUUGAAAUUGAAAACAUUGAAAGUGAGGAAAAUUGUUAUGUUCUUAAUGGAAACCAUCGGUUCAACCCGGUUUCUUAUGAUGACAUGUUUAAUAAUUUCAUGCAAAUGAAUGGUACUGAUUGUUUCAACAAAAAUACAAAAAGGAAAACUGAAGCGGAUCUGAAAAUGUUCAACUCUUACCUUCAAAACGUCGGUGAAAAAAGAACCAUGGAAAUGAUACCCCCUGACCAAUUAAACGACCACAUUUGUGGGUUUUUACUGUCUGCAACUAAAAAAGACGGUGAUGAGUAUGAACCUACAUCCAUAAGGAGCUUUGUGUCUUCUAUUGAACGGCAUUUACGAACGAAAGGCUACAAAUGUUCUGUAAUUAAUGGUGUGGAGUUCGCAAAAACUCGACAAGUUCUAAAAACUAAGCAGAACCAUGUUAAAUCACUUGGAAAGGGCAAUAGACUAAAACAUGCUCAUCAACCAGAUAAUGCUAUGAUUCAAACAUUUUAUGAAUGUGGCACCCUGGGUGACAGAAAUCCUGUGUCUCUUAUACACUCACUCUGGCUCAUGUGCACUGUCAAUUUUGGGAUGAAAUCGGCACAAGAAAUGUACGAAAUAAAAUGGGGAGAUAUCCAAGUAAAAGAAGGCGCGUUUGGGACUUAUCUGCAAUAUGAGAAUGACAGAAAAAGAAAGACCAAGAGAAAAAUCGGCGGUGACACAAGAUUACCAGAGACAAGGUCACGAGCAUAUUCCACCUCGGAUCCACAGAAGGAUCCGAUACACUUAUAUACGACAUACAGGACCAAGAGACCUGAGUGCACACUUUACCCGGAAAGCCCUUUUUUUCUGGCAGUAGCCUAUAAAGAACCUCUCCCUCUUCAAAACUGGUACAAAAACCAGGCAAUGGGUAGGAAAAGGAUCCAAGGUAUAAUGAGUGAGAUGAAACAUGCAGCUAAUUUAAUCACUGACAAGAGAACAAAACCACCCAGCGCCAGAAAACUUGCAGGUCAAAAGCUGUUUGACGAUAUGGAUCCGUCACACAAUAUUGUGGUGCCAAUACCUGACCACACUCAUGUGAGCUACGUCAACAACAGCAGCAUUGUAAACACAGAAAAAAGUAAGAGUGGCGCCACAUGUAGUGUUUCAAACAAUACGGAAUGCAAUGACAAAAAAGCGUCAGAGUUGGAUCAGUCAAAUGCAAUUCUUCUCGUACCAGAAUAUUCAGCUGCACCAAUAUCCAGCCCAUCUGACCAAGUUUUAUGGGACGCCAAGAGCCGUUCGUUGUAUCGUGUUGUCUUGGUUUCAACUAACGCCCUGGCUUAUCCAGCUGGUGUCCAAUGUGGUGAAUCCUCUACGCAUAAUCGUAAUAAAUCGACAAACUCACAUAUAAACUAUAAACCGGAGGAUUAUUGUCCACCUAACAGUCCUUUGAAAAAAAUCCGAAAACUUUCCUGCUCCAGUGACAGUGAAUAUACAUGAACGUGAAACUGGUUAAAACUUUAAAAUGCGGUUUGAAUAAAAAUUAUCCUGUACCCGAGAA